AUGUCAAACCUUCCCUCCGAGCCCGAGUUCGAACAGGCCUACAAAGAGCUGGCCUCAACCCUCGAAAACUCGUCCCUCUUCGAACAACAACCGGAAUACAGAAAAGCCCUACAAAUCGCCUCGAUCCCCGAACGCAUCAUCCAGUUCCGCGUUGUCUGGGAAGACGACAAGAACCAAGUACAGGUCAACCGCGGCUACAGAGUCCAGUUCAACAGUGCACUGGGUCCUUACAAGGGAGGAUUGAGAUUCCAUCCUACCGUUAACUUGAGUGUGCUCAAGUUCCUGGGCUUCGAGCAGAUCUUUAAGAAUGCCUUGACCGGACUAAACAUCGGCGGUGGUAAAGGUGGUGCCGACUUCGACCCAAAAGGCAAAUCCGACAACGAGAUCCGCAAGUUCUGCGUGUCGUUCAUGCGCGAGUUGUCCAAGCACAUCGGCGCUGAUACCGACAUUCCAGCUGGUGACAUUGGUGUUUCGCCUCGGGAGAUCGGAUGGUUGUUUGGUGCUUACAAGGCGGAGACGAAGAAGUGGGAGGGAGUGUUGACUGGAAAGGGAGGAUCGUGGGGUGGGAGCUUGAUUAGACCUGAGGCUACGGGAUAUGGAUUGGUUUACUACGUAAACCACAUGAUAGCCCACGCAGGCCAAGGCUCCUUCAAAGGAAAAACAGUAGCCAUUUCCGGCUCGGGCAACGUCGCGCAAUACGCAGCCCUAAAAGCGAUCGAGCUGGGCGCAACAGUCGUAUCCCUCUCGGACUCCAAAGGCAGCAUAAUCGGAAGCUCCAUCUCGCCCUCUGAAAUCCACGCCAUCGCCGCGCUGAAAGUAAAGCGUCAAUCGCUGACCGAGCUGAAAAGCGCACACAAGUAUAUCGACGGCGCGCGCCCAUGGACGCACGUCAAGGUGGACGUCGCACUGCCGUGCGCGACGCAGAAUGAGGUGUCCAAGGAAGAGGCAGAGGCCCUCGUAAACAGCGGCGCGCGCUUCAUCGCCGAGGGCUCGAACAUGGGCUGCACGCAAGAAGCGAUUGACGUAUUCGAGGCCCACCGCAAGUCGCACAAGGACAAGGCCAUCUGGUACGCGCCGGGCAAGGCAGCCAACGCGGGGGGAGUAGCAGUGUCCGGGUUAGAGAUGGCGCAGAAUUCGCAGCGGAUGAGCUGGUCGAGCGAGGAGGUGGAUGAGAAGCUCAAGGGGAUCAUGGAGGAGGCCUUCAAGAUCGGGUUGCAGACUGCGCAAAAGUAUGUCAAGGGUGGUGAGGGGGAGUUUCCUUCGCUGGUUGCUGGGAGUAAUAUUGCGGGGUUUGUCAAGGUGGCUGCUGCUAUGCAUGCGCAGGGUGAUUGGUGGUAG